AUGUAAAUCAGAGAUUUGUAGUUAGUGGAAUCUGAUCAAUCAAUCCACUUUUUUGCAUCAUUUUAAGCCGGAAUCUUAUCAAAUCAUUCCAAUGUUUGAAAAUUUUACGAUUAUGGCAGAUCAAUCCAAUUCAAACCUGAGCUCGAGUACCGACGACGGCGAUGGCGAUCGUCAAAGCCGGCUAAAACAGGCAAUCGACGGCGGAUUCAUCUCCGACGACGAAGGAUGGAGUUCAGAGAGUUCCGAUACGUCAAGGAGGAGUUUGGCGGCGAGUUUCCGAGAUUUUGCAGAGAGUAUGAUGAGGAGAGAAGUGGCGGAUCUGGAGAUGAUGAAGGUGAGGGAGGCGGCGAGGAUUGAGGCAGAGAAUCGGAGAUUGGAGAGGGAAAAUGAGUUGAUGGAGAUGAUAUUGAAGACGCAGUUGGAAAUUACUUCGUUUUUAUGUUCACGAACCGGUGAUCGGAAAAGGAGACGGAGUGAGAUUGACGACGGUGAUUCGCCGGAAUCUAUUCUAAGGGAAGGAGCAAUGCUACUAAGCUUACUCCAAUUCAAUUUAGGCAUAUGAGUGUUGCAUUUCAUGUAUUAUAUACAUGUAACUUUUUUUAUUUAUUUAUAAUUUUAAGUCGAUCUGAAUAUGAAUGUGUCUUUUUGUCUUAAUCAAUAAGCAGAAUCGAAAGGACAUGAAUACGGUUUAAAUUGCUUGCUAUGUUCUUUUUUCAAAAUGUUUGCUAACUUUUGAGUGUCAAUAUACGUACGUUGUGUAUGAACUGCUUUAUUAUAUAUGAAUUUACUGAAACAUGUAUUUGUUCAA